GCCAUCUUGACGGAACGACGGGGAGAAGGAGGGCGAGUAACGGGAACAGAGCGGGCGUGGAAAUUCAAUGAAACGGAGGAAAAAACGCGACCGAACUCAUAAACACGAAGUCAUACAGAUUAGAGUUAGUUUCUUCCUGGACGACUGGAUGAUGAAGAUGAUCUCCAUCCUCCUGGAUCACAUCUUCAGCUCCUUUUAGUCCCUUUUUUCAGUCUGUCUCUCACAAACCCGUUGUUACCUUUGGCAAAGCAGCGAUAUUUGCAUCUUUGCAGACGUCAUGGCGAAUAUGUGCCCUUACGGCCGGUUCACCCACGCUGUGGUGCGGGGCGUCCCAGAGACUUUUGGGAAAGCGGUGGGAGACGAGAACAGGGAGGUCACGGUGGACCUGGCCAAAGCUCAGCGUCAGUUCGGCUGCCUGACGGGAGCCCUGAGGCAGAAGGUCGGCCUGCAGCUCAUUGAAAUCCCCCCGGACCCCGAGCUGCCGGAGAGCUGGAGGAUCGAGGAUGUGGCAGUCAUCCAGGGAGACACGGCGCUCAUCACCAGGCCCUUCAAACAGCAGCGGCGCAGUGAGGCGGAGGCGGUGAGGAGGGUGAUGUCCGAGCUCAACCUGACCGUGGUCGAGAUGGGGGGAGAACAGGGAGACUCCGGGGGGGCCACGCUGGAAGGCAGCGAUGUCCUCUUCACUGGGAGGGAGUUCUUUGUUGGCGUUUCCUCCCACACCAACCGAAGAGGAGCCGAAGUGCUGGCAGACACGUUCAGGGACUUCGCCGUGUCCACCGUCCCCGUGUGCGGCGGAGCCCGGCUGAAGGACGUCUGCUCCAUGGGGGGUCCGGGAACGAUCAUCGCCAGCAACACUGAUGGGGCCAAGAAGACGCUGCGGAUGAUGGAGCAGCUGACGGAUCACCACUACGAAGUUCUCACCGUGCCCGAGGAAUCUGCAGCCAACUGCAUCUACGUUAAAGGCCCGUCCAAGAGGGACUUCCUGCUGCACAGACCCGCUGAGGAAUGUCCUGAGAGCGUCUCUGCGUUCCAGAAGCUGCAGGACUACACCCUCCUGCCCACAGCCGCCAGCGAAGCCUCCAAACUGGGAGCGUCUCUGUCCUCCCUCUGCCUCCUCAUCAACAGGAAGCACACACACUUCUGAAAACACAUCGACUUAUCCACAAGAUAAAACUGUGGGGUCAGAGUCGGUUUGAUUCGCGGCGCAGCUGCUCCUCCUGAUGACAUCACAGCUUUCAUGAAGCUCAGCUGCAGCGCCACUUUCUUUUAGGACCACUAAGUUAAUUUUGUCCAUUUUAGCUCUUAACUGUGCCUGUUGACACAAACGUCUUUUUGUACCCGUCAGCAGUGAGAGAUCCUUUUAUUGUUGCCAACUCUGACAAAAGUUUAAAAACUACAGUGCGUUUCUGUCAAUGGUUUGAGCUACUGGUAAUUCUGUUGAAGGAAAACCUGCGUCUGACCCAUGAACCCCU